AUGGAAGCUUCAGGUACCAACGCUGAUGCGCUGAACCAACGCAUUGACAAGCUCUGCGACGAGCUCAUGAAGGGAUUCCUUCGCAUCCUCGCGUGCGCAUCCGAGGACUCAGACACCACUUUUAGUUCGACCGCACAGAACGAGCUCUCGAUGGUGGACCAUGUGCAUGCAUUCAAACGCUCCGUAGAAGAGCUCUCGAGCCUCAUCCGCGACCUCCAACAGCUCUGGCUAUUCGGCAGCCUCGACACGCUGACCGACCCCGGCGACGAAGCCGCGAAGCGAGCCCGGACGCUCAAGAUCGCAGCGGACAUCGAAGAGCUGGCAAAGAACCUGCCCAGCACGGUGGGAGGAGAUGUGCCGCCGGAGAAGGCGGAGAGCCAGGAUGGGGAGAGGUGA